UCAUCGGUACCUCUGAUUCCACCUCCUGAAACUAUAAAUGAUGCACACAAAGUCUACUCGAUUGCUGUGGCAUGUAUCGUCCUCGGAGUCGUCUCUAGCCUUUGCGUGUUGGUGAGGCUAGGGCAGCGGAUCCAUGCGCAUGCGUUCGGAUCGGAUGAUUGCGCCAUUAUUCCUGGCCUGCUUUUCUACAUCGGCUGGACCGCGAUGGCCGCCUAUGUCAACCUCCACGCCGGAGUCGGCAAGCCUCUGUGGGAGAACACACUGGGCGAGUUCUCCGUCUGGUUCAAGGGAAUCAUCGGAUCAGGGUGGUUAUAUCCCGCGAUGAGCAUGUCCAUUCGAACCUCUAUCCUCUUACUCUACAACCGUAUGUUUAGCAAAGCCAUGCCCAGACUACGAUACUUCAUAUGGGCACUGCUCGUCCUGCAGGUCGUCUAUUUGAUAGUCUUCUCUAUCCUACCGGCCUUCAUCUCUCGCCCGUUGUAUAAGGCGUGGAACCCGCUCGAACGCCAGAAAUAUGUGAAUGAUUGGUACUAUUACUAUACGCAGGUGGCGCUGUAUAGCACUAGUAUGGCGUUCGACUAUAUUCUCCUCGUUCUGCCGCUCUACCCGAUUGCCAAGGCGCAGAUGAGUUUGAGAAAGAGACUGGGAGUUAGUGUAAUCUUCAUUCUGGGGGCAUCAGCCGGAAUAGCAGCGACGUAUAAACUGGCAAUAUUUGUGCAGCAAAUGACUCGCUAUACUAAAAUUGACCCGCGGUGGAUGCAAUAUGAAAUGAGCCUGCGCAUUCCACCCCAAUUCGACGAGUACGGUACCACCUUCUGGAUUCCCUCGCAGGUCGAACCCUCCGUCGCAUUGAUUGGCACGUCUCUGCCCGCGAUCCGACAGCUCAUAAUG